CCCCCCCCCGCCAAGAUGGAGGUCUGGAGAGGAGCUUGGUAUGUGCCAUGUCUAGCUUCACUUGAGACCCUCCAAGAAUUAUGUAGGAAGGAAAAUCUCAGAUGUAAAUCCAUUGGAAUCACCAACAAGAGUCUAAAGAGAUAUGAGGUGGAAUAUUUGUGUGACUACAAGGUAGAAGAGGGCACAGAAUACUAUCUUGUGAAAUGGAAAGGAUGGCCAGAAUCUUCAAACACUUGGGAACCUCAGAAAAAUCUGAAAUGCCCAGUGCUUCUUCAAAACUUUCUUACUGACAAGAAUGAGUACUUGUCUCGAGUGAGAGAAGGCAAAGCACUGAAAGUGAGAAACCAUGUUAAAGCUUUGAAACCAGCAGUUGCAGAUUACAUUGUGAAGAAAGCAAAGCAAAGAAUAGCUCUUCAGAGAUGGAAAGAAGAACUCAACAGGAAAAAGAAUCACAAAGCAAUGAUUCUGGUAGAAAACACUGUGGAUCUUGAAGGCCCUCCUAUAGAUUUCUACUACAUUAAUGAGUAUAAACCUGCUCCAGGAAUAAAUGUACUAAAUGGAAUAACAACUGGCUGUGAAUGUGCUGACUGCCCUGCUGAGAAGUGCUGUCCAAAGGAGGCUGGCUUUAUUUUGGCUUAUAAUAAAAGAAAGAAGUUGAAAAUCCAGCCAGGCUUGCCCAUCUAUGAAUGCAAUUCAUUUUGUAGGUGUGGGCCUGACUGCCUUAAUAGGAUAGUACAGAAAGGCACACCAUAUUCUCUGUGCAUCUUCAGAACCAACAAUGGCCGUGGCUGGGGAGUGAAAACUCUCCAGAAAAUUAAAACCAACAGUUUUGUGAUGGAGUAUGUUGGAGAGGUGAUUACAAGUGAGGAAGCAGAGAGACGAGGCCAGCUCUAUGACAACCAGGGAAAUACAUACUUAUUUGAUUUGGACUAUGACUCAGAUGAAUUUACAGUAGAUGCAGCUCGAUAUGGAAAUGUGUCCCACUUUGUUAAUCACAGCUGUGAUCCAAAUCUUCAAGUCUUCAACGUGUUCAUCGAUAACCUCGACUUGCGUCUUCCUCGGAUAGCACUGUUCUCUACACGAACCAUCAAGGCUGGAGAAGAGCUCACCUUUGACUACCAGAUGAAAGGUUCAAUAGAUCUGACUUCAGACUCUGCUGAUGGUCUUAGCCCAUCCAAAAAGAGGAUCAGAACUGUCUGUAAAUGUGGAGCUGUGUGUUGCAGAGGUUAUCUCAACUGAGUCUAAGUGUCCAAAAUCACAAAUACUUCGUUCUCUUUUAAAUGUGUUUUAAGAAGACUCUUCUUUCAGGCAUAUAUUCAAGUAUUCUUGCAUCUAAUGUAAAUAAAUAAUAAAAACAAGGCAUUGCAUUAGUAAUCAAAAUGGCACUGGCCAAAGAAGGGAGAUGUAGUGUUUCAGGCAAAUACUUAACUGAUUAUGGGGAUUAAAAAUUGAUUUUUUUAGAACUGUUAUUUAGGAAGCAGUAAAGCUAAGAAAACUCUCUAAAAUGUACUUUGGUUUAAAUAUUUGAGUGUGAGCUUACAGCUGUUGGCCUUCUGAACUGAUUUCAGUGGGAUAAAGUGUUAUAUAUUUUCUAUACCUUGAAAAGCCCGGAGGCAUUUGGUACAUCAUAGCUGACAGCUUUUUUUCCUUUUUGUUGUAUAAAGAAAAGCAUCAAGAGAUUAGCAAUAACAUUUUUGGCACUGGGGUGAAGGAUUAAGGACAGCCAUCAGACUGCAUCUAAAUGAAGGUUCACAGGAACAGAAAUUCUAAGAUCUCCAUUCAACUCCACGUGAGUUAAGCAUUUGGUUUUAGCAGAUUACAGGUGUAAGAUCAAGGUCUCAAGUAUUUUCAGCUGAUGUUAUAUUAUUUAGAAGUUUUACAUAAAGAGGUUUUUUUCAAUUGUUAUGAUUAUUGGCUAGCAUGCUAUAGAAGGUCUGCAGUUCUACAGAGAAUUGGUACAUCCAGGGUUAUCAGUAGUAACACACACUGUUUGCUUUCGUUGCAGAGAUUUGGCAGUAACUGCCAAGAUGAGUUACUGCCUGCAAUUUGGAAAUAACAAGAGAACAGGGAGAACAGCCCAUUGUCUAACAAAGGUGUGAUGCAUUAUGGAGAUAUGCUUAACUUGUCUGCUAGGUGCAGAAGUACCCUGGGAAAUUAUUUGUAUUCACAAGUAUUUUUGAUUAGGUUUUUACAUACUGUGACUUUUUUUAUCUAGUGACUUUCAAGAUACUAGGCCUGUUUUUUCUUGUUGCAAAAAUGUUAACUUCAGUGAAGUUAGACUAGAGGUGAGUUCACCUAUUUGCUGUAGACCUUUGUAAGAAGUUUUUGAAUGUAAAGGCUGAGAAACGCACUGUUCUUCAGCUGCUUGAGUCUUUUUUUUUUUUUUUUUUCUCCUGAUCAUCUGAAAGUUGUGUCAGUCAGUUCAUAAUGUUUGCUAAGUUCUGCUUGGCUUCAAAAACACUGAAGAGCAGUUGAGGUAGGUUAUGAGUAGAGUUACAGCCAAGGUCCAUGCUCCAGGGAUGAUUUAAAUGCUUUAUUCUCAUGGAUUAAAAGCUUGUAAAACUGGCAUAUUGCUUACAAAUAAUGUAAAUGUUGAUAGGGUGAGGCAGAAUAUUGUUGCUCUCUAAAUGGAUGCUCCAUAAAUGGAUGCUAGCUAUGUAUCAUAGGUCAGCUAGUUACCUUUAUAAGGUGCACAGCUGUUGGCUCAGGUGAAUGAAGUCAAGUACCCAGCAUAUAACCGUUUACUUAAUUUGUUAGAAAAUGCCUUAAAAUAUCAUGGUGAUUACUAGCACUCCAAAAAAGAGUGUUUCAAAGGAUAAUACAAGUUGUUUGAUGUUCACUAAGAAGCACAGUUGCAUUUGCACUGAAGAUCAGUCUCUUUGGCAGAAAGUGAAAUUCUUAUAUGCUACAAGCCAAAAUUGGUUUCACGGUGUGGGCCACUGAAAGUGCUUUGUAAGUUUUGUAAUCUACAAGAUGAAGAGAUACAGGUGGAAAUAGAUACUUUAUCUUGUUUAAUGAAUAGGAGAAAGUUUGCUUAGAUUCAAAAGUAUUUGAGGUUACCAGGCUCACCUGUACCCACACACUUGGACAAAUGCUGAAUCUAGAGGAUUUCUACCGUGUUGUAUCUCUUAAUGAUUUUUCUUAUUUUUGGUUGUUGUUUUAAUAUAAAGUUGAAGUGGAUCGUGGAGCUUUAAUGUUAGCAAACUCUAAAUGACUGUACACCAUUUGGAGUCACUAGUGCUUUCAUUUGCAUGUAGCCCCAUGCAGUGAUGCAUUCCACGUGGAUGGAAUCUGCAGUCUCCAGCUCCUUAAUCCACUGCAGUCUGCAGUCUGUCAGUACAGAGUGGCUGCAGAGAUUCCUCACCAAAUCAGUUUCUCUGGCCUCUCCUGUGCAAGAUGACACAGGACUGGUUAGAGGUCCUUUUUGUCCAUCUUUGCCCAUGCCCAGUUUGAUUUAAAAAUUGCAAGUAAAAGCAUUUUAAAAUAAAAGUCUUGCUAGUCUGCCUUUUUUUUCAGGGCAGCAUAGGUUACCACCAGCACUGGAAUAACACUGCUGUUCUUUAAGGAUAUGUGUGUUACCUCUUGUGUGAUUAAUAAAGGACCAUUAAUUUUCAUUUUGGGAGGUAACAGUAUUUUGUAUUUAUUCCAAGUAAACCCAUGCAUCCAGUUUCCAAUUUAAAGCCUUCAACAGUAUUUUUAAUUUUAAAUAUUCGCAGUGCAUUUGCAUUGUAGUCAGUGAAUUAGAUCCCAGGGACACUGUCAUUUUAAAACUCCUUUUACUGUUUCUAAUGUGUGUGGGGUGAAUGUUGCCAAAUUGGACAAGGAGAAAAAGUUAUUUUCAAUUUCUUAAAAGAGCCUAAUCCAGCCUAGCUGUUGCCUUUGUUUUGCUUUGUGGUCUCUUAGCAUCAUCAUGGCUACCAGCUCAGUGUUGUACAUGCACUUCUUGGAGACUGGUAACCCAUGAUCCAUUCUUCAGCUCUUCUGGGUUUUUUUGCAUUGAAUUUUUUUUUCUUUUUUUUUUCUUUCUUGGUAGCAAAACUAAAGUUGCAAGAUCACCUAUAAAAAAAAAAGUCUUAUUUAUUUAAUCUCAAAUUUAAGUCAACCUUCUGGUUAUUUCUAAUGUAUGUUUUAGGACUGUAUACAUUAGAAUAUGCAGUUUGUAAGCUCAGGAACAUUUUCUUUUCAUAAAGUGUGAUCUCUAGUGUUGCUAUCUUCCUAAAGUUUUUGAUAAAAUAAAUUAAAUUUAGUUUU